AUGGCCGUUGCUCCUUCCUUUCCUGUGGACGGCAGCCAAGGCGCUGAUGAUGCGCCACCUUACUCUGAUAAUGAUCCCUAUGCAGAAUCUUCAUCAAGCAAUAGCUCUGUACAAUACCAUAUAGAUAUGACGGGCUUCCCGAAACCUAUCCCAAUUCUUGGCGGAAUCCUUGGAUACGAAGCAAAAUUUAAACGAGAGGCCCAUCACAAGAUGUUGGUAGCAACAAGGGAUAUGGGGCGACGACUAAAUCAAGACGAAGUUAACGCUAUUGCCUUUUGGCUAGCUAAGCGCCAGGCAAUAACCUCCUGGGGAACACCAAUUGGAAUUGCUGGCGGUAUAUGGAGGGCAUACAAUACCAUGAAUACGUUCCGCUUUCCCCUAUGGCAACCUGACUUAAAAUUCUGGAAUAUGAAUCGUUUUGGGCCAUUAUGUGGGCUUUAUGCAACAAUAUGCUGGCAUACACUUCGAUAUCUUUCAUAUGGAAUGUCGGGAGAGCUCAUGAGUCGACUUUUCUUUGGUAGCUACGCUAUAUCUACAGCCUCGGUGGGUGCUGCUAAUGAUCCACGCCUAAAAAACUAUAUUACGUUUAUUAAGACAAAAAUAAGUGAAGGUAGUCAGCGAAGCUCUGUAUCAAAGCUGCCUGUCUAUAGCGCAAACACAGGAUCAGCUGCUUCACAAGACAAAGAUACGAGCUUGUCAAGUGUUAUAGAAAGUACGUUCUAUAGAGAUAACCCAGAAGGAGAAUCUCAGUCAGAGAGCAUUUCGGGCAUGUCCCCACAAACUAGGUUUCCGUCAACGUCUCGGACCACGAUAGAUAAAGUACAGACCUCGCCCAAAGACACAGAACCGUAUUCACUGGACGCUUUUCUUGAUAAUAUGUCACCUGCUGAUGGUCAAGAUACAAGCUCGUCGAACACUAUGCCAAACUCACAGAUGUCAACCUGGGAUAAGAUCAGGAGCGGUGAGCGGAUUGAAAGGUCAGAGUCGUCCCAUUCUGCACGUAAGAAACCUCAAUAUAAGAAGAGGCGUACUAGAGAAGACAACUUUUUCAAUGAUAAUUUUCCGUAUUCUGGUGCUGAAAAAACAUCAGAGUUAUCUAGAGAAGAAGCUCAGCAAGAGUUUGAUUCUCGAGUAGAUCAGGAGCGACGUGGAGGUGAAUUUAGUUCAGGUGGCAGGUGA